UGAAAAGAUGCUUCAAAACUCCAGGCCGGAGCCAGCGUGUGUGGUGGCUGCUGACUGAGCUGGAAGAAUGUCCGAGCCUGGGAGGAUCAACUGUUGAAAGAUUAUUUUAAGCAGGUUCAGGAGCCUUCGAGGGUUCUUAAUGCAGAAAAAACACUAUUUGGCAGAUUCGUUCCUUCAAAAGACAAAUACAGUUAUUUACCAUAAAGUCAUUUACCCACGGCGGAAGGCUUUCUGUUUUCAAGUAUAUGUGCGCUGCCAAGUGGAGCCAACUUGGGGAAAGAAACUAUUGAAGAGCACCUCUCCAACUCUGUUAGUUAUCUGAAGUGGGAUUUUGGAAAGUGGCAUCAUGCCAUACUUCACCACAUUGUGUGUCUACUUUUUGAUGGUCCUGAACCCAGUUAUGACAAACACCAUCACCGAGGACAUAGAGGUUUUGGUAUUUUUGCCACAAAAUAACUCCUUCCUGUUCUCAUACGCAAGAGUCGCACCAGCGAUCCGUUACGCGCAGCAGAAGAUGAAGGCAGACGGGAACCAGUACUCUGGGUUCCACUUCAAUAUCCACUUUGAGAACUCCGACUGUGUCAAUGAUGCUCUGUUUACGUUAGUGGACAGAUCGUGUGGCCAGAAGCCGGAUCUGAUCCUGGGUCCGGUGUGCGAGUACGAGGCGGCGCCCGUAGUGAGGGUGGCAUCUCACUGGAAAAUCCCGGUGAUCUCAGCAGGUGCCCUGGCCACCGGCUUCGGAAACAAGAAAACCGAGUUCUCCCACCUGACCCGCAUAGCCCCGUCCUACGUGAAAAUGGCAGAGACUUUCACCGCAAUGUUUGAGCAUUUCACCUGGAAGAGCGCGCUGCUUGUCUACGAAGACGACAAGGAGGAGCGGAACUGUUUCUUCACUUUAGAAGGAGUCUACCAUCUAAUGGCCGACUAUACUAUUAAAACAUACUCAUUUUCAGAGGAGGAUCCCUUAAACGUCGACGACAUCCUCCAGAACAUCUAUGACAUUGAAGUGAUGAUCAUGUGCAUGGGAGCGGACAAAAUACGAGAGAUUAUGCUGGCUGCACACAAACGACAGUUAACUAGUGGCAAUUAUAUGUUUUUUAAUAUUGAGCUCUUCAAUUCAUCCUCUUAUGGGAAUGGCUCAUGGAAGAGAGGAGAUAAAUACGACAAUGAUGCGAGGCAAGCCUAUGCUUCUCUGAACACCGUGACACUGCUCAGGACAGUCAAGCCUGAGUUUGAGAAUUUCCUUAUCGAAAUGACAAAAUCCAUCGAAAAAACUGGACUGAAUGACUGCAAAGAUUGUGGAAAUGUCAACAUGUUUGUUGAGGGAUUCCAUGAUGCCAUGUUGCUGUAUGCCAUUGCCUUGCAUGAAGCCAUGAAAAGUGGAUACAGCAAGAAGAAUGGAACAGAGAUCACAUCACGCAUGUGGAAUAGAACAUUUGAAGGCAUUGCUGGCCAGGUAUCCAUGGAUGUAAAUGGUGACAGAAAUGGAGAUUUCUCUUUGAUGGCCAUGACCAAUGUUGAAGCAGGAGCCUACGAAGUGGUGGCAAACUACUUUGGUGUAAAUGGAACGUUUCAGCUGCUACCUGCCUUCAACAUUGACCAUUUUACUCUGAAAGGGAGACAUAAAGAGUACCCAGAGAUGCCCGACAAAGCAUGUGGACUCGGAGUAUCAGCUUUGACUGGAAUCAUAGUUGGAGCUGUUCUGGGAACUGUAAUGCUUAUAGCCUUCUAUUUUUUCAGGAAAAACUACAGGAUUACCAUUGAGCGCCGCACACAUGGUGAAGAGUGUGACUCUGGGAAGCACCGUCAGCUGCGAGAGGACUCCAUCAGAUCAAAUUUUUCAGCAGCGUAAUUAGCAGCAGUGACAGUACCUUCACAGAGAAUCUCACAUCGGAAUGUGACCAAAGACUUUGCAGUGAUUGUUAGUGGAUCCUUCCUUGCUGUUAGAAAUAAGACAUUGUGUUUUUGUAUCCUUUAUUGUAUUGACUUAUUACAACUCAGGACAGUUCUAACAGUCACAAGACACCACUUUCCUAAGAUUUCCUCCACACAAAGGUAUAUGAUUGUAUGGUAUAUGAAAAUAUUUGGCUCUAAUAUUUUUUAGUGGUGUUUAUCAUGACUGUGAAUGAUUUAUAACAGACACUGCAUCUAACACUACAUUGACAUGCACUCAUGGGGUGGGUGAGAUCUACUUUUGCCUCUUGUGUUGACAAAUAGAAGUCUCCUGGUUUGGAGUGGUAGGCAAAACUUUGAGGAAAUAAUAAAGCUGGAGCUAAAGGAAUGUAAACAAGAUCUAAAGACCUGUAGGAUAUUUGCUACUGAUAAUAAGCUACUGAUAUUUUUAAGUUUUCAGUUACCUACCAUGCACCAGCAGCCUCCAUGCAAAUUUAAUUUUAAGUAUUUUUAAAUUUACCUGUGCAAUGAAUACAGUUACUACUUGCAGAAAAAUUAUGAUUUUGCUUUAUGAUAAGGUAUACUUUACAAAGCAUUCUUUAUUAAAGACAAGAAAUUAUUCACUAGUGCCUUGUAAAACAUUAAAUUAGUUUUGGCUGUUUUGGCUAAACAACUAAUUGCACUCCCAAUCAAGUGCAAUAAAACUACAAUGUAUUACUUAUUGCAUAAUUUUUAUUGUUGUUCUGGCUUUUCGUUCUAGCAGCUUUGUUCAUGAUAUAGUACAGACUACUGAGCUCUAUAUCAGUUACUCUGGUGGGUACAUAUUACCAUAACUGAUGGAACUGAUGGCCAGAAGUGCAAAAAAUAGAAAACUAGAAAUAUCACCUUGCAACUGUAUACCCAUGACAGCCAGUCAAGUUGCAGUUUCAAUUCACAUCGAUCCAGAUCUUUUGGAUGUGUUGGAUGCCAUCCCCUAAUUUGUGUGAAAUUUGGUCACAAUUUAGCCUGGCCACGCUAGACAACCCACGGCAACGAAUUUAAUUCUCUGCCAGGGUGGGUCUAGUUACCCUCGGUAAGCCUCGAAGUUGGAUGCCCCUAAAACUGGUCGACGAAUCACCAUGAAGUGUAGAGUCAGAAGGCGGGUGUAACUAAGUGACGACAGAGGCGUGACGAUUCUGACAGAAACAACCGGAAACAACUAGCUUAGCCGCGCUAGACAACCCACGGCAACGAAUUUAAUUCUCUGUCAGGGUCAACAACAGUCGUUGAGCUCCAUUAGCACCGACUCUGAAUAAUCUUUCUGUUAACAUGUCUUUAAUAUACUUGAGCUUCACCCAUUGACUGUAUAAAUAAGGCUUCACCGAACUACCGCAUCCUCUGACUUCCGGCGCUCUAGGAACUACGUCAGCAUAUUUGUUGCGCUGAUUGGUUGUAUACCUACCCAAUUGCUGCAGAGUGAUUUGAAAGACAACCUUUUAGCCCGCCUCCCUCCCUGUCGAGAGUUCCUAGACCCUUGUGUCUUCAGACCUGGGUCUAGCGCAGCUAGGCUAGUCACAAUUAGCAAUGAAAUUUUGAGUUCUGGCUAAAAAUGUGUUUUGUGAGGUCACUAACAUUUGGCCACAAAUUCAAAUCAGUUCAUUCUUCAGUCAAAAUGAACAUUUAUGCUAAAUCUGAUGAAAUUCCCUCAAGGCAUUCAAUAGAUAUCACAUUCUUGAGACAGGAGUAAUGAGGGAUGGACGACUUGAAAACAUAACGCCUCUGACCCUGACUUUUGGCAACAGAGAGAUACAAAAAUGUCAGUAAACUUUUUUUUUUUUGCUUUAAAAAGUUAGCCAAAGAAAAACAGCAAAUUUUCCUGCAAGCAAAACUUACAGGCACAGUCAUUAUUACAUUAUUUGUUUACAUCAUCAAAGACAUAGGUUCCAAACUAUGAAAGUCCUUAUCAGAAUGUGGACGUUAACGCAUAAUUAAGGUAUAUUUCUGAGUUAUAAAGGUAUUCUGAGGCGCUUGACAUAAUCAGUAGUGACUGCAUGAAAAAAAUAUCUCAUGUGCAUUGGAGACCUUAAGUUUUUUUGUUUGUUUGUUUUUACUAUUCUUUAGGUUGCAAUUUUCGUGCAGAAUUUAAGGAUCAGGUUUCUACAGAAACCAAGGAUACUAAACUGGAGAAAUAAGCUACAAGGCCUGCUGGUUUAGUUUGUACGUUGAGGAAAAUAUUUCAAGUGUGAAAUGAUGUAUAUAAUUUUUAAAAAUGUUUUAUUCAAGAGCACCACAUUCCCUGUCAUUUAAAACUCUGUAUAAUAUUACUAUCAUGACUUUUGGUAUUUAGUAUGCUAUAGUUAUUUAACAGUGACCUUAAUAUAUUUUAAAUAUAUAUGUAGUAUUUUUAUCAUAAAUAUUUUAAGCCAUCUUAAUCCCAAUAUUGAAUUUUAAUGGUUUUAUUCAAUUUUGUCCUAUGUAGUGUCUUCAUAUCAUCAUUUCCAUUUGUAUCUUAAAUUGCACCAGAUCAUCAGUUGUACCCCAAAAUGCAUUUUAUUUUCUCUGCAGUGUCAAUCAUAAUAGGGACUGUUUAAUUUGGUCACGACUGUCAGUUCUGCCACCUGAUUUUCAUUUAGUUUUAACUUUUUUUGUUUUGUUUUUGUUUUUAGAAAUGUAUUUUGAUAAUUACAAAUACAGACAAUUAAUUCUUGAUCAUAUUAAAUUUUGGAAUCAUUUUUAUUGAAUUUAAAGAAAUGUCCACUUAAUAUAAAGUUGUGCAUCAACUAUAAUCGUAAUAGCUCAAGUGGAGUCAUAGUACCAGCAGUCAUUGCUUUUAUGUUUCAGUUCUCCAAGCCUCUUUCAUCGUAAUCAUAUCAAGCAUAUCAGCUUCCCUACACAAUAGUGGCAUCUGAGAGGUCAGAAACUAGCAGGAAUGUGUGUGGCAUCAAGUGCCAACAAUGACUCUUUACGCUUUUGUGACAACAAAUUUUCAGUGUGUCACGCUGGCUCAUGCCUUAGAAAUGAAGAAUAGAGAAGCUUAACAAAUUGAUUUCAGCUAAAGUUUGCUUGCCAUGUUUUACCUGACCUUUUUGCCACAUUUGAUGAGCUCUAAAGUCAUCAUAGGGCAGAGGAAGUAAGAACUUUGGUAAGGAGAUAAUUGGUCAUAUAACUGAGGUGUGAGUCAGAGGCGAGCACAUCACAGUUAUGACCAUGAAUGCACAUUCAUGGUCAUGUGAAAAUAUGACUCUCUGUGAAUAUGAGAUUUCUCACUCAAAUUUGAUUUACAGAUUAAUAGUGACUAGUCCUGUCACUGUGAUGCAAUAUAUCUCAGAGUUACCCAACUGUGUUUCUUUUAUGUUUUUUUUGUUUGUUUGUUUUUUUUUAAGAAUUUGUUAUUUCCAAAAAUAUUUUGACACUUAGUGGUGGCACUCCAAACUGUGGUCUUACCAUGUUUUCUUGAGUCCAACUGCUGAUUGAUUUCUAAGCUAUGAUAGGACAUAGUCUAUAAAGACAGACACUUGUGUAAAAAAAGACUCACACGACAUGUUAGGAUGAAAACCAAACCAUGAAUUCGAGGAACUGUCUGUAUACCUUUGGAAUAAAGCUGUGCUGAAGGGACAAUUACAGAGAAAGUUCCUAAUGAGCCAUGAGAUGAAAUUUAAAUUGAUUCCAUUUUGGGGUGCGAAGCUGGUACAUGGUCUUCAGGACAGGGGUGAUGUGAUGUGCUGCAGAGAAUACUACUACAAUCUGUUCUGGUAAUUCAAUUGACAACAGUGAGGCACAAGUGAAUGAAAUUGUUGAAUGAGUUGGCACAAAUGAUUAACGUCUAAUUCUUCAUUGUUUCAGAAAUUGUUUUAUUUCAGCAAGACGCUUUGAUCAAUCGAGUUGAGUUGCAGUGCUGAUAUGUGACUGGCCUAGCAGUAGAAGUACAGAAUAUGAUAACUUAUUAUCAAGACAGAGCGGAAGAUGGGUAAAGAUGGAAGGAGAGGUUGACCAGAAAAGGACAAAGAACUGAACAUUGGGGAACACUGGGACAGUGGAGGAGGUGCAGUUGCUACAAGAUAAUACCAGUUUAUUUCAACCAGGCAUAUUUUCCAUUACUGUAGUUUUUGUAGUCUCUGACUUUCCACUCUCCACUUUUACUAUAGAGAUACAGUGAAACAUGAAGUCACACAAAACAGUGUGCCAACAGUGUAUGUCUGGUCAAAAGCGGCACGUCAGAAGUUUUCGAAUGCCCCAAGUUUUCCAGUUUUUUUAUUGAAAUUUAGGUAGUUCAAGUCCAAAAGUACAAAGGUAAGUGGUGAACUGCCAGAAGUUUUUUUUAAAGGUAAGGUUACCCAAAACUGAAAAAUAAUGUACAUUUCAGAAUUAUACAAAAGGUCUUUUUCAGGGAACAAGAAAUGGGUUAACAGUUUAACGCUGGUCUGUAGCAAUGGAGGUUGAUCAAGCCUUAAAAUUUGGUGAUGCCAAAUCCUACAAGUGUCCCAACUUUUCUUGACUACGUACAACUCCCUCUGUCUGCAUAAAGGUAGUGUUGAAACACACCAGGGCAUCAUACCCUCGAGAGAAAUAUUUGAACAGUAUUGUACCACAGAAAGUAAUAUGUUGCUAUAAAAAUGGCAAGGAAAAAGCAACCAACAAUGAAAGAGAGAGACAGACCAUCAUAGCACUUAAAAAUGUAGGUCUUUCCUUCAAAGAAAUUGCAAAGAAAAUUGAGGUGUCAGCGAGUUUUCUUUCUCACCCUCAAAAUGCGUUCAGAAACUGGGUGUGGAAGACCCAAAGCCAUAACGGAAUCAGAAGACAAGUUUCUGAGAGUCAACAGCUUGUGUGAUAGGCGGCUCAGAGGACAACAGCUUCAGUCACAGCUUGUUAAUGGUGAUAGUAACCAAUUCUCAUUUUUAACUAUGAAGAGAAGACUUGGAGUUGCAGUUUUGACAGGUUGAGUUGCAUCAAGAAAGCCAUUGUUAAGAUGUCAGAAUAAGGAAAAGAGGCUUGCCAGGGCCAUGAAACACCGUCACUGGACUACUACAGACUGGAAGAAGGCAUUAUGGACUGAUUGAUCAAAAAUUUAAAUAUUUAGUUCAGCACGCAUGAUUUUGAUACGCUGUCAAGUAGGCAAAAGGAUGGUUCCUCAAUGUGUGACAUCAACUGUCAAAUAUGGAGGAGAAUGAAUGAUACUCUGGGGCUGCUUUGCUGGAUCCAGAGUGAGAGGAACCAAAAUGGCUACUACAGUGCUGCAGUGCCAUGCAGUACGCUCUGUUAUGUGCCUAGUUGGUCAGGGGUUCAUCCUACAACAAGAUAAUAACCCAAAACAUAAGUCCAAGCUAUGCCAGAACUCCCCGAGGAAAAAAAGAUGGUAAGCAUGAAUACAUGGGGUGACCAGCACAGUCUCCUGUCUUAAACCCUGUGGAGCUGUUUGGGAUGAACUGGACAGGAGAGCAAGAGCAAAGCAAUCUGCAAGUGCCACACAUUUAUGGGAACUUCUACAACAGAGUUAGGAAGAACUUUCUGAAGAAUAUUUGAUUUCCAUUGUAGAAAGAAUCUCACAAGUGUGUUCAGCUGUUAUAUCUGCCAAAGGUGCUGCUUUGAUGAGUCAGAAAUUUUGAAUACAUUUUGGUUUCUAAAUUUUAUUUUUUAAACUUCAGUUGUUUUUGUUUUUCUAUGCUUUCAUUCCAGUGUAUAUUGAGACAUUAGCAUGCAUCUUUUCCAAUAAAUAACUGGAAAAAUUGGGGUGUUCUAAAACUUUUGACUGGUCAUGUAUUUACAUUAAUCCUUUAAAACAUUUGUUUUUUGAAUCUGAAAGGAAAUACAGGAAGCUGUUCUGCUAAAAUGACCAGUUUGCUAACUGUAUUAGGGAUCUCCAUCUAAAUAACCACCUUUAUUUAAGUGUUGUCAACGGGUUUGAGAAGUUUGUUUUUUUAUCGGGGGAAAAAACUUUUGAAUUGUUGAAGCAAGAGUAUGUGAGAUGUGUGUCGUGGGUAAACUGGUCAGUAUUGAAACAAAUGUUAACGGUAAUCCUUGGAACUUCAAGAGAAAGUGGACAUCUCUUUUUGGUUCUUGAAGAUGUUUCACCUCUCAUCCAAGAGGCUUCUUUAGUGGUAACUGAUUGAUGGGGAGUUUCAGAUGUUUGUAGUUUUUCCAGCUCACAUGGCUAAUGGUUUCAUUUACUUGCCUCUAUGUGCAAAUUGUUGUGAAACCAGAUGGUCUAACAACAAUGACAGCAAUCAUGGUGGCGGAGCAGCUAGUUAACACAGCAGAGGAUAUGAAUCUGCCAUGUCAGGAGUGAUUUAAGAUGCUAACAAUGGUGACAUGGGCACCCCUGUAGCUCAGCUGGUUGAACAGACUUCCCAUAAACAGGGGCUACAUUCCGUGACUCAGCAGCCAUGGGACCCAUGGCCAAUUAAUACAUGUCUUUCCCCCACUCUUCUCCCCAUGUUUCCUGUCCCUCUCUCCCUAUAAUACCGCCUAUAAUAACGCCAAAAAGGCAAAAAAAAAAAAAAAGUUAAACAAACAAAAAAAACGAUGACACUUUUUGUGGAGAGACCUUGUCACUGUGUUGUAGGUGUUUGAAAAGUGCUGUUUAAAGAUGGUUGUUCCAAUUUGAUAUGUCUUCCUUUCCUCCUCUCAAACCAUCCUGAGGAGCUGUUCUCCUGUGUUGAACCACACAUUUGUGAAACUGUUGUUUAGUCUCUCCUAUGUGAGUCAUUGCAUUGGGUUGCAUAUACAGUGUUGCUCCAUUUGUAGGUUGGUGUUUUAUAUUUGGGGUGAAACCAUUUUUGUCUCAGUGUUACUGGAUUUCAAAUGCAGUGAUAUGUUGUGUUUGGAGAAAAUCCUUCUGAAUUUUUCAGAUAUUUUAGCUAUGUAUUCCAUAUGUGGCUGGAGCAUAGUCAUAACAGAGUGACUAUGAAUAUCUAAAACUCCCAACCAGUUAGUCAGAACUGAAGAAGCCUCUAGGAUGAGAAGUGAAAUGGCUUCAAGAACCUAAAAAGAGAAGUCCACUUGCUUUCUACUGGAGGUCUUAGGAUUGCUAUGACUUAGAUGAUUGAGAAUCUACACAGAUGUUGUUGAAGGUAGUCUUUAUAGGCUAUAAGAAGUUCUCUUGUUCAGUUGUUCAACCUGGCAUGUCAGAUAGCUUAGUUAGUGAAUGAGACUGUUUCGGUUAGAAUGGGAGCCAGCUGCUCAUGACAGAAUGAGUUUAUUUUUGUAGUCAUCAACAAGGUUGGGAUAAUUAGACACUGGGGAAGACAUUUAGUUUUAUGAAAGUUAGAAUCUAUGGUUCCAACCAUGGCUCUGAAAUAUCAGCUCCGUAACUGUGCUGUGUAUUAAUAAAUCCAUGGCACUGUCCGAGGUGCUAGAGAAGUAGACAAAUUUGUAAAUGAGUCAUCUUUUCUUAGUCUCAACCUUCUGUCACUUUCAUCUUGAAUUUAUGAUAUUCUAUAAACUAUAAAUUGUAAAGACUGAAAUGUAUCCUAUAAUAAUUUACUGUAUAUAGAGUCACCUUCAUUAUCUAAGUGAAAAGCAAUAAAUUACUGUGGCAGAAAAGCAGAAGGUUUUCAGAGACACGCUGUUUCCUGUAGUUUUCCUCUGAUGUCCCUUUACUAUACCUUUAAUAAUAUCAUAUCAUGGAUACAUGAUCAUUCAGCAGUGACUGCUAAAACAACCAGACUAAAAUUGAGACGUCACUUCAAACAAACCUGCCUUCCAUCCUAAGUCAUCAGGGAUAGACUUCAGUCCUCUGCAACUCUCUAAAUGGUAAAGUGAUGGAUGGAUGGGUGGAUGGAUGGAUGGAUGGAUCAUUUCAGAUACAGUUUUUACUAAUAUAGCUUUUUGACAGCUCAGAAUGGAGUGAGUAAAGUGAGGAGAAUAACCUAUACUGACUGCACCAUGCUCAGUUGCAGCAGUAACAUAAUCCAAGGUAAAUUUUUACACUGUCUAAAUUAUAGUAUUUUUUUUUAACAAUAAGCAUUAUCCACAUGAUUACACUUCAAGUUAAAGAAUAGGCCUACACAAAAUAUAUAUUCAGUCCAAUUAUUUCUAUUGAAUCAGAAUUGUACUUGCAAUUUUAAUGUCAACAAAUGACCCUUACCUUUAUGAUAAUACGCAACACGGUCUCACACGGUCUCACGGGGAUUCGUGAAACUGUCACGUCAGUUUUUGUUUCGGUUUCGUGCGCACCAACACGAUGUCGUCAUGUUUUUCGUGCCGCUCACCACGAGCGAAACCCGCUGUGGUAAUCACAUCUGAAAGUGGUUUAUACCGGCGGAUUCAUGACGAUCUAAGCUGUCCAUUGGCGUUUGCGGCCGCUGCUGCGGCCGCCAUUGCAGCCGCCAGACAUCUGGCCGCAACAGCGGCCGCGGCCGCAAACGCCAAUGGACAGCUUAGAUCGUCAUGAAUCCGCCGGUAUAAACCACUUUCAGAUGUGAUUACCACAGCGGGUUUCGCUCGUGGUGAGCGGCACGAAAAACAUGACGACAUCGUGUUGGUGCGCACGAAACCGAAACAAAAACUGACGUGACAGUUUCACGAAUCCCCGUGAGACCGGGCUGUAAUACUGUAGUCUAAAAAUAUACUGGCCAUGCUUCACGGAGAACAGGAACUUGCUUUUUAUUCACUUUUAUUCUCUUUAUUGAUUAUUUCAGCAGUGCAAGUAUUUAUUUUAGUGGGUUAUUUUUCAGGAAUGUUCAAGUUUUUUUCUGGGAUGAUUAUUUUCAUUAACUAAUGUUAACUGUCAAUAUUAGGCUGUAGGAUUACCUUUUCUAUUUUGAGCAAUGUUCACUGGUGUCUUUUAAAGGAAUUUGGAAGGAAAAGUUAAGGCAACUGGCAAAAAUAAAACCUUUUCUCCAGAGACAGCACUUUGAACAGUGAUCCACGUCUUUGUGACCACUCGACUGGAUCAGUGUAAAGCAUUUUAUAUAGGGGUUAGUGGGUUUUCUAUUGCUCAUCUCCAAUUGGUUUAAAAUGACCUGCACAUCUUUUAAUUGACACAAGAAAGUUUGAGCACAUUUCAUCGAUUUUAGCUUCACUUCACUGGCUGCUCGUUUGUUUUAGAAUUCAUUUUUUUAAAAAUGAUUUGUUUUUAAAUCCCUAAAUGGUCUUGCCCCACCAUACCUCUUUGGGCUUCUACUCCCCUAUACACCGAGCCGAUCUCUCAGGUCAGCUGACCGGCUGCUCCUUAGUGUGCCCAAAACAAGGCUGAAGCUCAGAGAGGAUCAAACAUUUUCUGUUGCAGCUCCAAAACUUUGGAAUGAGCUGCUGCUGCACAUCAGACAGACCUCCUCAUUAUCACAUUUUAAAACCUUACUUACUUUUCACUUACUUACUUUUGUUGUUCUCAUGUGCACUAUAUUGUAUCUGGGAUGAGCAGUUUAGUCUAUUUAUUAUGUUUUAUUGUGUAUUUUGCUUUUAGUUCCAUUAUUUGUAUCUAGUUCUAUUGUUUUUAUCUUAGUUUUAUCACGUUUUUACUCCUCUGUACAGCCCCUUGGUCAGCUCUGGUUGUUUUAAAGUGUUGUAUAAAUAAAUUUGAUUUGAUUUGAUUUGAAAAAAGUCAUAUAUAUUUUGUAAACCGCGCCUGACUAAACUUAGUCUGUUGCAUAACAUUUUCAAAUGUAUUUACUUAGUGUUUUAAUAUACAGUUAUAAAAUGAUAAUUGUGGUAGGAAGAUACCUGGAUAAAAUGGAACUGUAAAAAGAGAAAUCUCAUAGCUUUGGUUAAUGCAUCAUGCAACAAUGUCCAUUGAGAGGUGUAAAAGCAGGGAGGUGUUGCCACUGGGCAUUCCCCUCUCAACAUGUCUAUUUCAAGACUCUCCGUCACCAUGCAUCUUGUAUUUAAAAAACAAAAAGUUGUUGGACAAAUCUAACCUUGACAUGACUAAAGUGAUAUUAUUAGUGAACUCCAUCAUCUUUUCCUACUGUUGGUCUUAUUCCGGUGUAACCUCACACUGUCUUGUAUUACACUGUAAUACCUCAAACAGACACCACAUUAAAACCAUCUGCCUAAUA